AUGCUAAUACUCUUGCUCGUGCAAAUUCGCAUCGUGUACUUGGGACCGUACAACCUAACGCUGCGCGUGCGCCUCAUCAAGCGCGCGGUGCGUGGCGAGUACUGCGAGUCAGUGUUUUGCGCGACCCAGUUGAAGUUCGUAGCGUCGGCGUCUGGCUCAGUGGCUGCUGCUGCUGCUGUGAGUAUGUUGAACGGACCUCCUGCUCUACCGCUUGUGGUGGUGGUGGUGGUGCUGCUGCUGCUGCAACUUGCAGCCUGCAAGCGGCACUACGGUUGCUGGUGCGGCAAUUGGCGCUGGCGUAUUGGUGGAGAGAAGGCGAACAUCUCGUCGAGCGUCGCCGCGCGGCUGGCGGCACCGACAGCAAGACGGAGAGUGCCUUCAAUUCUGCUUCGACACUGA